AUGACCUCCAGGACCCCUCUGUGGGUUACAGCCUGUUGGCAUUGCUCUUACGGCAGCUUCAGACACCUGCAGUGGGGAGUAAGGACAAGGAAAAGACCAGUAUUUUCACAUCCCCAGGUACCAGAAGACUGACAGCAUCCCCACUACCUGCAUGGGCCUGGGGCUGGCAGCUGCCCCUGUGUUCCUGCAGACAGGCUGCUCACUAAGAUGAGGGAUCUUUUUCAGUAUGUCGCCUGUUUUUUUGCAUUUUUCUCUACUGGGUUCUUGGUUGUGGCCACCUGGACAGACUGUUGGAUGGUGAAUGCAGAUGACUCCCUGGAGGUGAGCACAAAAUGCCGAGGCCUCUGGUGGGAGUGUGUCACAAAUGCUUUUGACGGGAUUCGCACCUGCGAUGACUACGAUUCUAUACUUGCUGAACACCCCUUGAAGCUGGUGGUGACUCGAGCCCUGAUGAUUACUGCAGAUAUUCUAGCUGGAUUUGGAUUUAUCACCCUGCUCCUUGGUCUUGACUGCGUGAAAUUCCUCCCUGAUGAGCCAUACAUCAAAGUCCGCAUCUGCUUUGUUGCUGGAACCACAUUACUAAUAGCAGGUGCCCCAGGAAUCAUUGGCUCUGUGUGGUAUGCUGUUGAUGUUUACAUGGAACGUUCUUCUCUGAUUUUUCACAAUAUAUUUCUUGGCAUCCAAUAUAAAUUUGGUUGGUCCUGUUGGCUUGGAAUGGCUGGGUCUCUGGGUUGUUUCUUGACUGGUGCUGGCCUCACAUGCUGCUUAUACCUCCUCAAAGAUGUUGGACCUGAGAGGAACUAUCCUUAUUCCAUGAGGAAAGCCUAUUCAACUACAGCCGUUUCCAUGGCCCAGUCAUAUGUGGGCCCUCGGACACAGACUGCCAAAAUGUAUGCUGUAGACACUAGGGUGUGAAGUGACACGCAUCAGCCUGUGUGUAUAUAUUGUCUAACUAAUCAAUCAAUAUGUUCAAGUUAAUAAAAUAGCGGCCCAAUCCAGGAACAGGUAUCUAGACGUCAUGUUCAACUGAGUUAAUGGCUCAGCUUAACCAAAAAGUUUGAUUCUCCUAUCACUUCUCCUUCUCAAUUAUUCUUACUUUCUUCCACAUUCUUUUAUCCUCUCUCACAUACACACACACACACACACACUUUCCCUGUAUUUUAAGAUAAGGUUGCUGGGAUAUAAAAAUGUUUGUUGUGAUUUCUACACUGCUGCUAGAGAUAGUGACAUGGUGAUAUUAAAAUAAAUUGACACUUUAAGAAUAGAAAGCAACUUUCAAAAGAGGCCAGAGAUUCUCAUCUUCCAAGGGACUGACAAGCUCUUAGCUCUUUCCCUGGCUUUUGGCUCAUUUUUUGUGUUCUCAGCUGAUUGGAUUUGAUAACUUUGAAGAAGACGAUUCUUCCAAAUUCAAACCAGUAUAUCAAAACUUACCAUUGCUCUGAUUCUGUUAAAAUCGAAAAAGAAAAUAAUAGCUUCAUGUACCAGCCACUGGUGGUCAAAGAUAAAAAGGUCGCCCUCCAUGCUCUGAAUGUCAAAAGCAAAUGCUGGAUUGAUACCGGAGACAGUGCUGCCCUGCUUCCUCAUUAACACUAUUAGAGACCUGUGUGUUAUUUUAUCACUACUCCAAGUUUGCCUAUGUAUUGUCAAAGAUUAAGCUGCAGCAGUUAAUAGCUAAACCAAGGAGUUCACUUAGUAUUGAUUGGGCCUCCAAAUGUGUUUUAAGAAUGUUACCAUAUUAUUAUUCACCGGUUGGGGAGUCCUGUCACCAGUGGAUCCUCACACCCAGCAAAAGGGCUGACAUAUGGUACAAUGUAGCAAAUAUUUGUUGCUUGAAAGCAAUGAAGGCUCACAAUUCUCUAUUGAAAAAAUCAAUUUUCCUCACAAAAUAUGUGCUUUUUUGAAAAAAGAGAAUUAUAUACACACUUAAAGAAAUCAGUGAAUAAGUGCUAAUGGGAUUUUAGUCAUAACCAUAAUAUAACCGUUGUUCAAUUUUUUAAAUUAUAGAGUUCUUUUAAGUUAUAAAAUUGAAUCUCAGGUUUUCUGAUUCCUUGAAACUCACAUGAAUAGCAUUAAUAGCCAUGCAGUAACUUUGCAGACUAUUAACCGAACUAAAGCUUAGUUCUUCGGAAAAAAAAAUUAGAUUUGUAACCAGAUGUAUGGAAUAAAAAUAUAAUAAGCCACAAACUAAAAUGUAAAAAACAAAAACAAAAACAAACAAAAAAAAAACCCUUAGUUCUUUGGAAAAAGAAAAUUUAGUAGAGUAUUUCUGAAGCCUCCAAAAGAAGCAUUUCCAAUUUAAAAAGCUAAAAAUAAUGUGAAAAUGAGAUGCUGGAGGCCGGUACAUAUGUUGUUGAGAAUGAUUUCACACGGCAUCUCCUGACCGGUAUCUCAAGGAGAAUUCCUAAUC